GGCCGUGGGCAUGUUUUGCUUUCAGAGAGCUCCACGCUCAAAGUGCCCUUCAGAGGACGCCUCUUGAAGACAGUUGGAUAACUUUUACACCUCCACAAAGAGGCGGACAACUCCUCCAGAGCAGGUGGUCAUGUCCACUGGCUCGUCGGCGAGCGAUGCUGAGGACUGUGACGCAUCAUGUCACACCAGGACAGAAGAUGUGGACCGUGACGGCGGGCCCAAACACAAACAGUCCAAGAAGGAUGCUCGCCAGUCGCACAGAGACGCGGCCAACGCCAGGGAGAGGGCGAGGAUGAGGGUGCUGAGCAAAGCUUUCUCCAGACUUAAAACCAGUUUGCCGUGGGUACCGGCGGACACCAAGCUGUCCAAACUGGACACCCUGCGCCUCGCCUCCAACUACAUCUCACAUCUGAGGCAGCUUCUGCAGGAGGACCGACUGGAGGACAGCUUUGUGCAGCCAUCCACUUUGACGUGGCCGUUUGCGAUGGCAGGACACUCAGAGGACCAAGACAUGUCCACCACUGGAAGACUUUGUGGAGCUACUGCCUGCUGAGGCCUCCUCCCCCGUGCCUCAUCAUUAUCGUGUGCCUAAUAUUGUGACCAGCAGUAACAGAGAUUAAAAGAAAAAGAGCAGUUUUCAUCAGGUUGUUGUAAAGUUGCAGCUGUUGUUCAUGUUGGUGACUUUCCCAGAACUCCGAGCAUGCAUACAGAGACUCUCAGGGGACAUCUAAUGAGCAACCUUCUCACACUCCUGAAGGACAAAGUGUCCUGUGUUUAAGUGGUGCCAUCAAUCAUGGGAACAAAGUGAUGAUAUGGAUGGCGUGACUUCAGUUUUUCAUAUGAAGAGAUACAUUUAUAAAUAAAUAACAAGGUGGCAACACGAGUUGACGCUUGUUAAAAACGUCGGCGCUGUACAGUGUUCCAUUGGCGACAUCAAGUGGUCACAAAUAGAACUACAAACCAUACAUUCUAUGUUUGGGAAAGAACAGUAAGGCCUGUUAAAAUACACACUUUUCAUUCAAUAAAUUCUACAAUGUCAAAUAUAUACAAAUUCUGACCAUAAAAAAUUCUUAAAAUAAUUAACUAUUAAUUAAUCAUUUAUUAAUUAUUUCAUUAAUAAUUAUUAUUAAUUAAAUAAUGAUUUUUCUCCAAGGAAAUUCGUUUUUUUAAGAGGAAAAAGUAAAAAUCUUCGCAGAAAAAAUUCUGCAAUCUUACAAGAAUAAAGCCACAUAUAAGUGAAAAAUUAUGGGGUUUUUU